GAGGACAUCUCCGUCUCCUCCAAUGGAAACGAGCCAGAGGCGGGCCCAGUGGCGGCCAGAGCAUGGCGUGGAGGCUGCUCAAAAAGCGGGCCCAGGAUGCCAUGGUGAUCCUGGGGGGCGGAGGACUUCUCUUCGCCUCCUACUUGACGGCCAUGGGGGAUGAGCAUUUCUAUGCUGAACUCUUGAUGCCGGCUCUGCAGCGGCUGCUGGACCCUGAGACAGCCCACAGGCUGGCUGUUCGCUUCACCUCCCUGGGGCUCCUUCCUCGCACCGCGUUUCAAGACUCUGACAUGCUGGAAGUGAGAGUCUUUGGCCAUAAAUUCCGAAAUCCAGUGGGAAUCGCCGCAGGAUUUGACAAGAAUGGGGAAGCGGUGGAUGGCCUUUACAAGAUGGGCUUUGGUUUUGUUGAGAUAGGCAGUGUAACCCCAGAACCUCAGGAAGGAAACCCCAGGCCCAGGGUCUUCCGCCUCCCGGAAGACCAAGCUAUCAUUAACAGAUAUGGAUUUAACAGUCAUGGACUCUCAGUGGUGGAACACAGGUUACGGGCCAGACAGCAGACGCAGGCCAGGCUCACAGAAGAUGGGCUGCCGCUGGGAAUAAACCUGGGGAAGAAUAAGACCUCGGUGGACGCUGCCUCUGACUACGCAGAGGGGAUUCGAGUCCUGGGUCCCUUGGCUGACUACCUGGUAGUGAACGUGUCCAGUCCCAACACGGCUGGGCUGCGGAGCCUUCAGGGAAAGGCUGAACUGCGCCGCCUGCUGACCAAGGUGCUGCAGGAGAGGGAUGCCCUGAAGGUGGCCCACAAGCCAGCUGUCCUGGUGAAGAUUGCGCCCGACCUCACAGCCCAGAACAAGGAGGAUAUUGCCAGCGUGGUGAGAGAGUUGGGCAUCGAUGGACUGAUCGUCACGAACACCACAGAGAGUCGCCCUGCCAGCCUCCAGGGUGCCCUGCGCUCUGAACAAGGAGGGCUGAGCGGGAAGCCCCUCAGGGAUUUAUCAACACAAACCAUCCGGGAGAUGUAUGCACUCACCCAAGGCAGAGUUCCCAUCGUCGGGGUUGGUGGUGUCAGCAGCGGGCAGGAUGCGCUGGAGAAGAUCCGGGCGGGAGCCUCCCUGGUGCAGCUGUACACGGCCCUCACCUACCGGGGCCCGCCCGUGGUGGGUGGGGUCAAGCGGGAGCUGGAAGCCCUUUUGAAGGAGCAGGGUUUCGCCAGAGUCACAGAUGCCAUUGGGGCAGAUCAUCGGAGGUGAGGACUGGUUGGGGGGAAGCCUGAUCUGGAACUGUUCUGCUAAAUCAAGUGAGCCUUCCAGGCUGAUGGAGAGAGGAGACCACAUUCCCAGACCACAAGAGACCUUCCUCCGGCUGGACUGUAAAAGCCAAGCCUGACGGUCAGCAGAAGCCACGUGAGGCUUUCCUCGAUCACUUGUCAGACAGGAACUGCGUCCUUGAUUCUUUCUAGAUUCACAGUCCAGGAUCCUUAAAUAUUACAGGGACAGUAGACAUUUAGAGGGAUAGUCAUGGUAAAAUAAAGUCAUUGAAAAACUGGA